UCCCCUUUGGUUCUGGGGGUUGUCACCCAAAGGAUGGUAAAGUUGCUUGUAUUUCAAGAAAUCGAUCGAAAAGAACGCUCUCUAAAGUUCAGCCGCUAGGAAGGGGGGGGUGCCCAGCUUCGAGUUUGAGAGCUACCCGGAUCGCAAAGACAGGGUUGAGCCCCGGCACCCUGCGCGCCCCAUCUGUCGGCCAUAGGUAACGCGGAAGAGCGAGGGAGAUAGUGGCGUCCGGAAGUAAGGAACGGGAGCAAGGAUGAGUCUGCGCUGCUAGUGGAAAGGGAGGCUGUAUAGUCUUGGGAAAGGGAGGCAGGAGGGAGCUACAGUGACCGACCCUGGAAGCGUAUAUAGAAAAACUGUAGAAAGAGUACGGAGGGCGGAGAAAGAGAGGAAGCGUCUACACUGAAAGGACCUAGGAGAGGGAAGGGUGGACUCUGCAAAUGGGAAGCCGUUCACUCUAAACAGUUGGGAGGUGCCCUGGAGGAGGGAGGAGGCUGGUUGUUUGGGGGGAAUUGUGGAUUGGGUUCCACGCUGGAAACAAGUAGAGGGAUCUUCUCUGGGAGAACUGUAGCAGGGAGUCUACACUUGGGUAAGUGUAGGAGGUAGGGGUUUAUGCGUGAUUAGCGUCUGCAUUGAAAUAACUAGGGUGGCGCUACCUGUUUUAGUUGAUGUGGGGGAGAGAGUAAAGGGUCUGCACUGAAGACGCGGGGGAACUGUCUAGUGUUUUUGGGAAGGAGUCCUCGCUGGCUAGGGAGACUCUCUGGACGAUUGGGAGGAGAGGCGCUUUCCUAUUUGUAGUCCAGGAAAAGAUGGGUGAAAGACCUGCGCCGUGGCCCGUGAGAGGGAGGUCUGGGUCUGGAAAUCUCAGGCCAGGAGGUCCCGGGAGGCUGCCUGCGCCCAGGAAUUGCCCUGUGCGUGUAGGUGGGACCAUGGGAACCCCAAAGCCGCGGAUCCUGCCCUGGCUGGUGUCGCUGCUGGACCGGGGGCAGCUGGAGGGCGUGGCCUGGGUGAACGAGAGCCGCACACGCUUCCGCAUUCCUUGGAAGCACGGCUUGCGGCAGGAUGCCCAGCAGCAGGACUUCAGCAUAUUCCAGGCCUGGGCCGAGGCAAGCGGUGCCUACACUCCAGGGAAGGAUAGGCCCGACCUGACAACCUGGAAGAGGAAUUUCCGGUCUGCCCUGAACCGGAAGGAAGGGGUGGUGCGGUUAGUAGAUGACCGGAGCAAGGACCCUCAUGACCCUCAUAAAAUCUACGAGUUUGUGACCCCAGCAGGAGGUGGAAACUUUUCCCAGCCCAACACUUUGCCAGACACUGGUGGUGGAGGCAGUACCUUUGAUACUCAGGAAGACAUUCUGGAGUUACUGGAUAGCAUGGUCUUGGCCCCACUCACAGAUGGAAAGCCCCCCAGCCUGGAUGUGACUCCUGAGCCCCACUCUCAGCUCUUGUUGAGCCCCGACUUGGACAAUUCCACUCCCUGCCCAAAUUUGCCGCUUCCUGAAAACCCACUGAAGCAACUACUGGUGCCAGACGAACAAUGGGAGUUCGAGGUGACGGCCUUCUACCGGGGCCGCCAAGUCUUCCAGCAGACCAUCCUAUGCCCAGGGGGCCUACGGCUGGUGGGGUCCGAAGCAGCAGAUAGGAUGUUUCCUGGGCAGUCAAUAACACUGCCAGACCCUGGGAUGUCCCUGACAGACAGGGGAGUGAUGGGCUACGUGAGGCACGUGCUGAGCCGCCUAGGCGGGGGACUGGCUCUGUGGAGGGUCGGACAGCGACUAUGGGCCCAGCGACUGGGGCAAUGCCACACAUACUGGGCCAUGGGUGAGGAGCUGCUCCCCAACAGUGGGCAUGGGCCUGCUGGUGAGGUCCCUAAGGACAAAGAAGGAGGUGUGUUCGACCUGGGGCCCUUCGUGGCAGAUCUGAUUACCUUCAUUGAAGGAGGCGGACACUCACCACGCUAUACCCUCUGGUUCUGCAUUGGGGAGCGGUGGCCCCAGGACCAGCCAUGGACCAAGCGGCUUGUUAUGGUCAAGGUUGUCCCCACGUGCCUCAGAGCCCUGCUAGACAUGGCCCGGUCAGGGGGGGCAUCCUCACUUGAGAACACCGUGGACCUGCACAUUUCCAACAGUCAGCCACUCUCCCUCACCCCCGACCAAUACAAGGCCUGCCUACAGGACCUGGUUGAGGACAUGGAUUUCCAGGUCUUUGGGGAUGCCUAAGCACUUGGUCUGGUCCUCAUAGGUGCAGGCCCCUAACACCACCUCGACCAAUAAACUGGUUCCUGGUCA